AUGGCAAGGAACAGCUCGGACGGGGUAGAGAUUCUUGUCCACAUCACAGCACCAAGUCGGUCUACCGAUGAUGUUUCAUAUCGGCAACUUGCCCAAGCUUAUCUAGCCUUUGAGCCUCACAGGCGCACACAACUGCCUGUGAUAGAGUCGCAAACAGCUGAGGAACAACAGCGUGUGCCAGAAAGAUGUCAAGGGGCGCCAUCGCCAAGUCAGACCAGGGUAACAGCUUCGUUUGGACCAUCAUUCGAGAUCACAUCACAAGAUCUAAGUUUCGGCGGAGCCAUAGACAAUCGAUCAUCACCAUGUCUACCGCGUGAGGCAUUGGCUCCGAGUGCCAUCCCCUCAUCAGACCAUACUGGUUCCGGGUCAAUCAACUCAUGGUGUGCACCUGCGAGUCAAAUCAGUGACUCGUAUCCCAUGCCAGAUGCUGCGCUCUUGGACGUUUCACCGUCACGUAUACUACAGAGCUACGUCCGAAGAACUCAGUCAUCGCAGGAACCAUAUUCGUCACCGACUGCGCUUAGGAAGCGUCCUCGGAUACCAGAGUUUGGACACAGUGUCGAAAUCCCCUCUUCCCUACCACCUCACAGUCAAGAAGAAACUUGGCCUCUCGAGGCCCCUGAGAUCACAAGUAUCGUACCUACGACGCCACAAGCAGACAAAGCAGCAGAGGUUCUCAUACCCUCGGCGGAUACAGAGGUGAUAGCCUUCGAUCAUUUAGCCCCAGAUAUCACUCAUAUUUCUGGCAGCGUGGUUAGCAGCCACUCGCCAGCUCUAUCGCCUCGUGCAGGGUCGGAACCCCCACUAUCAAAACGGUCCAAGAGUGGGCACUUGGAGCAUGGUGAUCUAGUCAGAAGCUCUAGCGAUACAGGGCCAGCUCUGUCAGCGAGAAACUCGCAGGGUGACCAAGUCAGCAGUAGCUUGGAAAUCCGGCCACCAUCGCCACCCGUGGGAGUUGACGACAUUAAUCCUGCAGAUUUGAUAUCUGAGAAGCUCGCGAAACUCGCCCGCGAUCUGUCGUCGAGAUAUCGUCCGACGAUAAAACGCGAUAUCGAAGCCUUCGAACGAGGAUACUGGCUUAUCAACUGCAGUGGCUGGGACCCAGAUGUCCGGUUUGACACUUGGGUUUUCCUCGCUAAUUAUCUCAAGAGUGGUUUGGCGGGUUGGGGAACCUGGUGCCGUAGAGACAAAACCCACGACUGGAUACGCUUAUAUUGCUGGGGCCACGUCGCGAAACAUACUUACUUGCUCUUGUACCUUGCGAGUGCAAGACAGGUCAAGACAAGUGGCGCGAAGUGGUAUGGAGCAGAUGGUGAAGUUGCUCUGGAAAUCCCGCCUUAUGAGAAGCAGGGAUAA